AAUCUCUCUCCUCCUCUGAGGUUUGAAACACACAAUAUUCUCCCCGUUCUAAAUCCUCCUCUUCCUCCUCGUCUCUCUAGAAUCUCUCUUCCUUUUGAGUAACAUCUAAUCAAAAUCGGAAUAUGGUGAGUGAUAUCACUGACUCAAAUCGAAACUCUACUCCAAAGUUUCUUUGUAGCUACGGCGGCAAGAUUGUUCCUCGUUCCGUUGACGGUGUUCUCCGGUAUGCCGGCGGUCUUACCAGAGUCCUCGCUGUUGAUCGUUCCAUUUCAUUUGCAGAGCUAAUGGUCAAGCUUGGCGAAUUUUGUGGAUAUUCCGUGGAGUUAAGGUGUCAGUUACCGAAUGGAGAUUUGGAGACGUUAAUCUCAAUAAAAUCCGACGAGGAAUUGAGGAUUGUGAUCGAAGAAUAUGAUCGGAAUUGUCCUGCUUCCAAGAUUAGAGCGAUUUUAACUCCGCCGAAAUCGCUCAAAACUAUUUCUCCUCCUCCGUCAAGUCCUUCAAGCGUUGAUUUCUCUACGACUCAAAUAAAAUCCAACGCGACCGGUUAUUAUUAUCGACGGUCACAGAGUAAUUCGCCGCCGAUUGGAUAUCCAGUCAGUUUUUGUCAAAAUUCCAACCGAAGUCGUUACGAUUUAUAUUAUGGACCUAAAUCAAGAGGCAGUGAGCAGAGGAACUCGCAUUGAUAAUGACGACGAUGCUUGAUUAUACCUAAUUAGAUUUUAUACAAGAACAUAGAUGAUGACGAUAAAAAAAUAUUCCGGAAAUUAGGUUUUGCUGUAUGAUUGGAUUGUAAAUUUGAUGAGAAGAAUGAAUUUUAUUGAUUGCCCUAUGAA